GCAGGCCAGGCUCAGUGGCUCAGCUUGUAAUCCCAGUACUUUGAGAGGCCAAGAACGGCCCAUACCCUUUGAUCACAUGAUGUAUGAGCAUCUGCAGAAGUGGGGACCGCGGAGGGAAGAAGUAAAAUUUUUUCUUCGACACGAGGACUCUCCAGCUGAGAGCAGUGAACAAGGUGGCCGUCAGACUCAAGAGCAACGAACUCAGAGAAAUGUAAUAAAUGUACCUGGAGAAAAACGCACUGAAAAUGGGGUUGGGAAUCCACGUGUCGAGCUUACCCUCUCAGAGCUCCAGGAUAUGGCAGCUAGGCAACAGCAGCAGAUUGAAAACCAACAGCAGAUGUUGGUUGCCAAGGAACAGCGUUUACAUUUUCUGAAGCAACAGGAGCGCCGUCAGCAACAGUCUAUUUCUGAAAAUGAAAAGCUUCAGAAACUGAAAGAGCGAGUUGAAGCCCAGGAAAACAAGCUGAAGAAAAUUCGUGCCAUGAGGGGACAAGUCGACUACAGCAAGAUCAUGAACGGCAAUCUGUCUGCUGAAAUAGAAAGGUUCAGUGCCAUGUUCCAGGAGAAGAAGCAGGAAGUACAGACUGCAAUUUUAAGAGUUGAUCAGCUGAGUCAGCAGUUGGAAGAUUUAAAGAAAGGAAAACUGAAUGGGUUCCAGUCUUACAAUGGCAAGUUGACGGGGCCAGCGGCGGUGGAGUUAAAAAGAUUGUACCAAGAGCUACAGAUUCGUAACCAGCUUAACCAGGAACAGAAUUCAAAACUCCAGCAGCAGAAGGAGCUCUUAAAUAAGCGCAACAUGGAGGUGGCCAUGAUGGACAAACGCAUUAACGAACUGCGUGAACGUCUUUAUGGGAAGAAAAUCCAGCUGAAUCGUGUGAAUGGCACUUCAUCACCGCAGUCACCCCUGAGCACAUCGGGCAGGGUCGCUGCUGUGGGGCCUUACAUCCAAGUUCCCAGUGCCGGAAGCUUUCCUGUCCCAGGGGACCCCAUAAAGCCCCAGUCUCUCACUAUUGCCUCAAAUGCUGCCCAUGGAAGAUCCAAAUCAGCUAAUGAUGGAAACUGGCCAACAUUAAAACAGAACUCUAGCUCUUCAGUGAAACCAACACAGAUGGCCAGUGUGGAGUGGAAGGACCCGAGUGUGGAGGGGGCCCUCAAGCAGGGCACCAUCUCAAGCCAGCCUCUGCCCUUCUCAGUGCCAGGAGCUGCCGAGAAGCCGGGCAUCGAGAUUGGCAAAGUGCCACCACCCAUCCCUGGUGUAGGCAAGCAGCUGCCUCCAAGCUAUGGGACAUACCCAAGUCCCAUGCCUCUGGGUCCAGGGUCGACAAGCUCCCUUGAGAGGAGGAAAGAAGGCAGCUUGCCCAGACCUGGCACAGGCCUGCCGAGUCGCCAGAAGCCCAGCCCGCCACCCUCGACAGGCAGUGUCUCCCAGCCAGGCUCCUCGCAGCAGAUUCAGCAGAGGAUUUCUGUGCCACCAAGUCCCACGUACCCGCCUGCAGGGCCACCUGCAUUCCCAGCUGGAGAUGGUAAACCUGAGCUCCCGCUGACAGUGGCCAUUAGGCCCUUCCUGGCUGAUAAGGGGUCAAGGCCACAGUCUCCCAGGAAAGGACCCCAGACAGUGAAUUCAAGUUCCAUAUACUCCAUGUACCUCCAGCAAGCUACGCCACCUAAGAAUUACCAGCCGGCAGCACACAGCGCCUCAAAUAAGUCAGUUAAAGCAGUGUAUGGUAAGCCCGUUUUACCCUCGGGUUCAACGUCCCCAUCACCGUUACCAUUUCUUCAUGGGUCCCUGUCCACAGGCGCACCACAGCCUCAACAGUCUUUGGAAAGUGCUGAGAAAGAGCCUGAGCAGGACCCCACAGCACCCGCAGAUGGUGGUGCUGUGGAAAGCCUGCCGCGGCCACUCAGUCCCACCAAGCUCACACCCAUUGUGCACUCACCGCUGCGCUACCAGAGUGAUGCGGACCUGGAGGCCCUCCGCAGGAAGCUGGCCAAUGCUCCCCGGCCCCUGAAGAAGCGCAGCUCCAUCACGGAGCCCGAGGGCCCCGGCGGGCCCAACAUCCAGAAGCUGCUGUACCAGCGCUUCAAUACCCUGGCCGGUGGCAUGGAGGGCACUCCUUUCUACCAGCCCAGCCCCUCGCAGGACUUCAUGGGCACCUUGGCUGAUGUGGACAAUGGAAAUACCAAUGCCAAUGGGAACCUGGAGGAGUCUACCCCUGCCCCACCCACUGCCCCACUCCCUGAUGAGCCCGCCCCCUCAUCAGAUGCCAAUGACAACGAGCUCCCAUCCCCUGAGCCAGUGGAGCUCAUCUGUCCCCAGACCACCCACCAGAUUGCUGAGCCUGCGGAGGACGAUAACAACAAUGUGGCCACCGUGCCCUCCACGGAACAGAUCCCAAGCCCUGUGGCCGAGGCCCCAUCGCCAGGGGACGAGCAAGUUCCUCCAUCACCUCUCCCCCUUGUCAUCCCCGCGCCUGCAGCUUCCACGAGUAAGCGGACCAACCUGAAGAAGCCCAACUCUGAGCGGACGGGGCACGGGCUGAGGGUCCGGUUCAACCCCCUGGCACUGCUCCUUGAUGCUUCUCUGGAGGGGGAGUUUGAUCUGGUGCAGAGGAUCAUCUAUGAGGUGGAAGAUCCCAGCAAGCCCAAUGACGAGGGGAUCACCCCGCUGCACAAUGCUGUCUGCGCUGGUCACCAUCAUAUCGUGAAGUUUCUGCUGGACUUUGGGGUCAACGUGAACGCCGCUGACAGUGAUGGAUGGACACCGCUGCAUUGCGCUGCUUCUUGUAACAGUGUCCAUCUCUGCAAGCAGCUGGUGGAGAGCGGCGCUGCCAUUUUUGCCUCAACCAUCAGCGACAUUGAAACUGCUGCAGACAAGUGUGAGGAGAUGGAAGAAGGCUACAUCCAGUGCUCCCAGUUUUUAUAUGGGGUGCAGGAGAAGCUGGGUGUGAUGAACAAAGGCAUGGUGUAUGCUCUGUGGGACUACGAGGCCCAGAACACUGAUGAGCUGUCCUUCCACGAAGGGGAUGCCCUCACCAUCCUGAGACGCAAGGACGAGAGUGAGACUGAGUGGUGGUGGGCACGCCUUGGAGACCGGGAGGGCUAUGUGCCCAAAAACCUGCUGGGGUUAUACCCACGGAUCAAGCCCCGGCAGCGAACACUGGCCUGAGUUCCGUUUGGAGCACACUGCACGCCUCACCAGCUGCCAGGAGCCCCUGAAGAUUCUUGUGCCGUUUCCCCAGGAAGCUGAAGCUGGAACUGGCUCUCAUGGUGCUCACUUCAGCAGAAGGCGUCCACAGUGUGAAUCCUGCAGUGUUCGGGUGAGGCCCUUUCUCCAGCCUGCCCUUAACUGGGAGAGGCUCUUCACCUCCAAGAGGACUGAAUUUUGCCAAUUACUGUAAAUCCAAAUAAACACCCAGCUUUCAAAAAA